UAAUUUUAUCCACGCUACACAGCAUACUUAUUAACGAAGUUGAAGUGCGUCAUUGGAAUAUUAUCUCGCGGCCGCAAACGUCGCCGCUUAUCGCGUUACUUGAAGUACAUUCUUAAUUCGCGUCACUGCUGAACCGAGUGCAGAAACAGCCGAGAGAUGUUGCAGUCACGGAUGACGAACCAAACGAAGAAAAACUUUUCAGAUGACCCCGCGAUUCAGAUUGAUUCGGGGUUCCUGUCAGGCCAGAACAUCACCACCCCGCAGUCGGACCAGGAACACCCUGCCGAUCUCAGGCUCCAAACCGGUCGAGAAGAGCAAUCCGACAUUUCGUCCUGGAAGAACCUGCAGCCGGAAGUAGACAUGAGGGUCGACAGCGGGGUCGUCGAAGUGGGUCUGAGCGAUACCCUGAGCCAACUCACCUUGACACACGUGACCAUAAACCACCUCAGAGGAAAGGUUCAAGCGGAACCAACCGACGAAUUAGCUCCGGUUACCGCUCACAGAAUUCCGCAUCACUCUUCGCCGGUUGACGAAGACUCCUACCUUGAACAGGCCCAGCAGCUUUGGAGGCUCUACUACUCCCAGGACGAGGAUGGCGACACACAGCUACACAUCGCCAUCGUCCAGGGCUUCCACGAAGUCGCAAUGAGUCUGAUAAGAAUGUCACCUCAUCCUUCGCUCUUCGACUGCUUAAACAGCAAGCGCCAGGCGCCGCUGCACCUUGCUGUUUACACUCACCAGCCGAGCAUAGUAAGGCGGCUGAUUUUGGCGGGAGCCGAUCCGAGCCUGAGAAAUUCAGACGGAAACACGGCACUCCAUCUCGCCGCAGCAUCCGGAGAUUUGGCCUGUGCCAGGGCGUUGACCGAGCCGAUAUCGGCCUGCGAAAGGAUGUAUCUCACACCCGGAAGACAGGCGCCCGCGAUCCCGCAGGACCUUGAGCAGCGCAAUUACGAAGGAGAAACCUGCCUCCACGCCGCAGUUGUAGCAGGAAAUACGGAAGUCGUACGAUUCCUGAUCAACAUCGGUGCGGAUCUCGAGGCUAAGGAGAGGCUAGGUGGAAGGACGGCUCUUCACCUUGCGAUCGAAUGCCGGAGAAAGGGUGUCACCAGCUUGCUGCUGCAAGAGUGCAAUCCCCAGCUCGACGCCCUGACCUACGGAGGUGUUACGGCGUACGAAAUCGCAGCCGCAUGGGACACGCAGCUGGCCAAGGAACUCGGAAGGAGACUCGGUGCAGCGAGUUCGCGUACCGCGGAUUUCAAGAACAAUGACAAUCUCGCGAAAAUUCCCCAGCUUUGGCAGAGCGUCGGAUUACGUGCUUAGGCGAGACGUGGAUUAUCAAGAGUAAAUAAAGAAAUGGACGAUCCAAUGGAACAAUUACCGAAGUCGAUCCGAUCAAGCGGAUCGCAUCCUGUGGUACAGGAUAAAGUAAGUGGGAGCUGGAUGGCACAAUUCGUUACACAUACGUCGCAGCAGCGUGACUUGUAAGCCGCAGGGUCGAGAUGACGGAUGAAGAAUCGUUUUUCAGAAUAACCACGCGGUCUUGGUUCUUAGGAGAAGGUGAAAAAAGAGGGAAACUUUAAAUGAUCCAAGGAACG